AUGAUAAAACUUAUAAUAAUACGUGUUAAAGCUCAAAUACAAACAACAGAAACAAAUUCUCGUCAAUCGAAAUUACUUAUUAUUGAUGAUGAACUUGAUUUAGCUGCUAAAUCAAAAAUUCCAUUUUCAAUGGCAAUUGAACCUUGUGAUAAUAAUGAAGAAGAUAUUGAAGCUGAUAUUGCACUUGCUAUUGAUACAAGAAAAAAUGUUAAAUGGAUUAAAGUAUUAGCAUCUGUUCGACGAACUCAUCUAACAGUUAUAUUUGAUAAUCGUAUUAUUAUUGAUGAUAGUCAAUCAGGUCAUUUAAUUAUUGAAAAUUUUUAUCAAGGUGAAAAACGUCUUAUUCCAAUGGAAUUUUAUAAUAAUGGACUUGUUGAAUAUACACUUUGUUUAACAUCAGAAGAUGAUGGAUUAAUAUUUCCAUUUGUUGAUUUAAAAUUAUGUGCCGGUGAAAGACAAACAUCAUAUAUUGAAGUGCAAAUAUCAACAAAUGUAUCAACACGAAUUUUUAAUAUUAAUAUUGAUUUUUUUAAUAUUCGACGUCGAUGUAAAUUGAUAUUAACAUGUGAAACAGCAAAACCUUCACUUAAUUAUUAUAUACCUAAAAUUGAAGAAAAACAUGUGAUUAUUAUUAAUAAUGAUGAAGAUAAAGAAGAUAUUUGGAAUUCAAUUCGUAAUGUUCUUAAUCCAAUAAAACAUCAAGUAACAUUUAUAAAUAAUGGUAAAGCUGCAGCAACAGUUCGUUUUGAUCGAAUACUAACAGAACAAAAUUUAUCAUUACCAUCAACAACUUGUUUUGAUGUUAAACCAAAUAAUAUUAUUGUUUUACCACAUACAGAAACAUCAAUUGAUCUUCUUUAUUAUCCAAAUGAUUUUCAUUCAUUUAAUAGUACAAUUGAAUUUGUUAGCAAUGCAUUUACUGAUCCAAUUCAUAUUCCUUAUCAUUUAGAAUUUCAUAAACCUUUGCUUAGUACAAAUCCACGAUCAGUUAUUGAUAUUGGUCAAAUUGAAUUAGGAAAAAUUAUACGAAAAAAAUUACUUUGUAUAGAAAAUAUUGGAUCUGUUGAACUUCGUAUUUGUUUUUCUGAACCAUUUCAUCAACAUUCAUUGGUCAAAACGGCUGAUAUUGAAUUUUCAUCAUCACGAUCAGAUCCUCAUAUAUCUAAAGAGAAUUUUAUUAGCAUAAAUCCAAAGAAAAAACGUUGGUUUAAUGUUAUGAUUGAAUUUAAUUCAACUAAUUCAUCAACAUUAUCAAAUGUAGUUGCACUUUGUGCUUUUCAAGUGAAUACUCAAUGUGAUCCAAUUAUUAAUACAGAAGGAAUAUUAGUUAAUCGUCAAUUAAUUCUUCUUAUUGUUGGACAUACACAAUCAAUACCAUCAUUUAUUUUACCAAAUGAAUCUGAACGUAAAUCAUGGUCAUCAUUGAAAUUGUUACCUUCAUCUUGGCUUUAUUCAAUUCAUAAAAAUUAUCAUAUUUAUGAAAAUUAUAUUGAUUUAAUAGGACUUAUUGCUAUUGCACAUGUUUGUGGUUGUCAACAAACAAAAGAUAAAUUACCAAUAACUCUAUCCGAAUGGAGAACAUUUUGUUCGAAUAUUAAUAAUCAAUCAAAUAUUUCUCUUGAAAUGUUUGAAAAAAAUCAAAAUAAUCUUAAUAAAUCUCUUGAAAUAUUAUCGAAAUUAUUAAAAGAAACAAAUAAUGAAAAUAAUUAUAAUUAUUCAUUGUUUUAUCAUUUAUCAUCAGUUCAACAUUCAUUUUCAUCUGAUGAUACAAUUGUUAUACAAUUAUUCAGUGUUAUUAAUUCUACAAAUCUUAUUGAUGAAGCUUAUACAAUGCAAUCAUAUGUAAAUUUAUUUUGGAAAUUUUAUAAUCAAUGUCCUGAAAAUGAAAGUCAUCGUCAAGCUAUUCAUUUUGUUUAUCAAUGUAUUAAUAAAGAUUCAACAAUGUCUUUGGAUGUUAUUAAAUUUAUUGAAUUUAUUUAUCAAUCAUUAAAUUUUAAAACAUCAACAGAUAUAAUUAAUCAAUUAUCAACAAUAUUACCUAAUGAUGAUGCUAUGGCAGAAUUAUUAACAUUAAAAAUUGAUUCAAAUGGUAAAUUUCGUUGGCCAUUACUUUUUUUACUUAUAUCAGAUUCAAUUCGUAAAAUAAUUAUUCAAUUAAUUAAUGAAGAUUAUUUAGUAUUACUUGAUAUACAUAUGAAUUUAAUUAAUCAACAACAAUUAUCAAAUAUUUGGAAACGAACAUUAUUUAAAAUGAUUAAAAUUUCAAAUAAUUUCUGGAAUACAUUAACAUUAGAUAAUAAAAAAGAAUAUAUUGAAAUAUUUUUAAAUCAUUUUCCAAAUUUAAUAUCAAUUAUAUCAGAAAUUUCUAAUGAAAAUUUACCACAAUUAAAUCAUAUUUUAUCAAUAACAAAAAUAAUACUUCAAUAUAUUGAUUCAUCAUAUGAUUUUCAUAAUAUUGAAUUCAUUUUUCAAGAAAAAACACAAUAUUCAAUAAGAAAAAAACAUUUAAUAUUUUCACAUUUACAAACAACAGUAAGAUCAAAUAUAGCAUCAUCAAUAUUUUGGUUAAAAAAAUCAAUUAUUAAUGGUUUUAUUGAUGAACAAGCACGUUCUUAUCAAAUAACUGAAUAUUGUGAUAUUCUUGAACAACUUGUUCAAUUAGAUGUUAAUCAAUGGAAAUUAUUUCAAAUGAUUUUAACAUCAUUGUGGUCUCUUAUUUGUAUUAUUUGUAAAAAUGAUACUAAAAUAUCUGAUAUUAUUGAUAAAAUUCUUCAUUUUCUUCAUAUAAUUGAUAUUGAUAAACAAUGGUUAUUAAUUCGUGAUGCAUAUAAAGAAUAUUAUUUACAACCAUCAUGGUUAACAAUGUUAAAUUUAACAAAUAUAAUUAAUUAUGAAAAUGAAAUAAAUAAUUUUAUUAAAAAAAUUUCAACACAUACAAAUGAAGAUGAUGUAGCAUUAGAUAUAUUUAGACUUUGUCGUUGUUUAUUAACAAAUGAUGAACAAAUAAAACUUGAUCAAAAUCAAAUAAUUAUUAAUAAUUUAUCAAUAAAUAUUCAAUCAAACAUUGAUUUAUUAAAACAAAUUGAAAAUCUUGUUUCUGGUCUUAUCAAAGAAAAAAUUCAUUUAUUUCUUCAAUCAAUUAAAAUAUUUCAAACAAUUCCAUUAACAAAUAUUAAUAUUCAAUUAUGUCCAUUUGAAACACUUUUUCCAUUAUGGAAUAUUUUAUUUGAUAUUAAUUGUAAUUAUUCAUUAAAACUUUUUGAAUCUAUAUCAUCUAUAUUAAUAUCAUUUCAUUCUCUUGUUAUAUCAAAAUCAAUUCCAUUUAUUCAACAAAUAUAUACAACAAAUAUGGCAGUAGCACUUUGUACAUUAGCAAAUUCACGAUUAAAUAAUCGUCAAAUAGGAAUAUCAACUAUUGAUUUACCAAGUGUUCCAUCAAUAAUGUCAAUUAUUCGAACAAAUAUUAUUCGUCGACAUUCAUCACCUUGUACAACACCAACAACUAGAUUAAUUCGAUCGAAUAUAAUGCCAUGGGAUAAUAUUCCACUAAGAAAAUUAUCAAAAACAAUUAUACCACGAACUUCACCUUAUUCAAAUAUAACUUUGACAAAAAUGCAAGUUUCAGUUGCUGAUUAUGUUAAUCAUGCACAACAAACAUUUAUUCAUUUUAAACAAUCGGAUUCUGUUCAAAUUAUUAUUGAUGCAGCUAUUUCUUAUCAUUCGUUGGUUACACAAUGGUAUGAUGCAUUUAUGACAUAUAAUGUUCUUGUACGUCAUUCAUUAAAUCUUAAUCAAGAAAAUCAAAUUAAUUAUGGUUAUCAUAUUAUUCAAUAUGGUCUUAAAUUACUUCGUGAUCUUAUUGUUAGUAAAAUAAUUCUUGAAUCAACAUUUACUAAAAAAGGUGUUCGUUUUCUAUUGGAUGAUAUAUCACAUUUAGAAAAUUGUCUUCGUUCAUUAUCAUUAGAAAAAUAUCCUAAUUUAAGAAAUACACUUCGUUUACUUCAUAUUGAUAUAAAUCGAUCGAAAUUCGAUUUUAAACCACCAUCACGUUCACUUGCAUUGAAAGGGAAAUUAGUACGAAAAUUUCAAUUUGAUAUUGAUUCACAUGAAAUUACAAAAUCUUUACCAAUAUCUGAAAUAUCAAAAACAAUUCCUUUACCAUUAAUAGUCGAUCAUGAUAAUAUUAAAUUAUCAAAAAAUGAUUGGGAAAAUGCUAUUCAACAUGAAACUCUUAAACAUAAAAAUGUUAAUUUAACAUCAACGAAUAUUAUUAAACAUAGAUUAACAGAUAAACGUAAUCGAGAUGUUAUUAACGGUGUUCAAACUGGUACACAAAGAUUAGCUAAUGAUAUUUUAAAUCAAUAUAUAAAUAUGAAUGAUUUAACAGAAAUCGUUCGAAAUAAUACGACAAUUGAAGAUGAUAUUGAAUCGAUGUAUCCAAGUUCAAUAUCAGGAAAAGAUUUUGAAUUACAAUUGAAUCUUAUGCGUGAUCAUUUAAAAAAUGAUAAUACAAUUAUUAAAAUGUAUAAAACAGCCGAUAAAAAAGUUGCUUCGAUUGUACCUGAUGGUAAACUUGAUAGUCGACCAGCACUUAAAUUAACAACUGAACCUGAACGAUGGACAUAUCAAAUGUUAAUUGAAACACCAGCUAUUACUCGUAUGAUUGAUUUAAUUGUUCGAGGAUUUCGUUCAAAAUGGGAACAAUUACUUAUUCGAAGUGAUCCAAAUAUUGAACAUGAAAUUCAUUGGUGUAUUAUGAUUGAUAACUCAGGUUCAAUGAGUAUUCAUCGUAAUGCUAUUUAUGAAAGUUUAGUUGUAUUAAUGGAAUUAUUAAGAAAACUUGAAAGUAAAUUUGCUGUUGCUCGUUUUGGUGGACGUACAAAUCAAAAAAUUUUAAAAAAUCUUGAUGAUCUUUUUACUAAUCAAGAUGGCCAAUAUAUAUUAGAAGCAUUAACAUUUGAUGAAGGCACAUAUCCAGCGACAGGACUUGCACGUGUUGCUGAUCGAGUAUUUCCAGAAAAAAAAACUAAAACAAGAACAAAUGUUAAUAUUCAUCAAUGUGUUAUUAUGAUAACAGAUGGUUUAACAAGAGAACGUGAAAACACAACAUAUACAGGAACAAUGGCUAAAUAUAAUAUUGAUCUUGGAAUUUUAUUUAUUGAAACAGAUAGACAAGAAACAAGUGAAGUACUUCUUGCUUGUUUAAAAAAAGUACAAAAUGUUGUUAUUAAAUCGAAUCGUAUGACCGAAUUACCACAUUUAAUUCCAAUAUUAUUACAUAAAAUGAUUGGUCAAUGUUUGAAAAAAUCAAAUUUUGAAACAGAAUUAAAUAUUAUACCACCAACUAUACAUAUUGAAGUACCGAAAUAUCAAGAAACUAAUCCAAUAGUUAAUAAACCAUCGAAUGAGAAGCUGAAAUAUUCAAGUGCUAAUCCCAGUUCAUAUAUGAUUAGUAAAUCUACAGCAAACAUUCCUGGAUUAUCUCAGGUUAAUAAAAAUUUGACAGAAUAUCUUUCACGUGAAACUGAUUAUACAGAUUGUGUUUCACAUGCUAUUAAUACACUUCGUCUUUAUUAUCAAUCAUUAAAAACAAAAUUAAAAAUAUUAGAUGCUGAAAAAACAUGGUUUGAUAAUGAACAUCGAUUUUCAGCUUUAAUCGAUGAUGUAUCAAUAGUUUUUGAUGAACUUGUUUUUCCAUUUAAUAGAUUUACACGACGUCGAGGAGCAUUACGAGGUUCAUCACUUUAUAUGCCCGGUGUUAUUAAAGCAAUAACAAGUGAUUGGAAUUAUAAAAAAAUUUUUGGUGCUAAACUUGCCGGUGGUAAACGUAAUCAUACUGUAUGUAUUGUAAUUGAUGUUUCAACAUCAAUGUUUGGAACAUUAAGUAUUGGUAUUCUUGAUGGAAUUGUUGUGUUAAUUGGUGCAUUAAGAAAAAUUGGAAUUGAUAAUUUUUCAAUAAUAGUUUUUGGUCGAAAUGUUCGAUUAAUAAAAACAAAUGAACAAGGAUGGGAUGCAUUAACAAUUUAUACAUUAAUGGAAGAACUUCGAUUUGACCGUGAUGAUGGAACAAAAGAUGCUGAUGGAAUUGAAGCUGCUAUUGAUCUUCUUGGUCAAUAUUCAAUACGAGGUGAAAAGAAAAUAUUUAUUCUUACUGAUGGUUAUAGUAGUUGUGGAAAUAAAUUAGCUUUGGUUCAACAACGUGCUGAACAAAAUGGAAUUGAUCUUAUUGCUAUGGCUAUUGGAAUUGAUAAAACAAAUUUAGAAUCCGUUUAUAAAAGAUAUCUUCAAUGUGCAACAGUUAAUGGUCUACCGAAAGCUUUACGAGCUUUAUUUGAACAUGAAACUCGAGUUAUUUCACUUGAAUGGUCAUCAAAUAAUUCUGAUCAAGAUAAUAAAAUCGAUCGAAAUUUAUUAGAAGAUCUUUUUGAUGAAAUUAAAUCGAAAAAGAUUUUUGAAUCAAUGAUUAAUGAAUUAGCCGAUCAACGUCAUAUUAAUUUGAUUCAUAUUGGUUCACCACCUCCAGAUAUUAUUAUGGAUAUAUGUUUUUGUCUUGAUUGUACAGGCAGUAUGUCUCGUUGGCUUGAUGCUGUUAAAAGUCAAAUGAGUAAAAUCAUUUCUGAUAUUCAAACUGCAAUUACAAAUAAAUAUAAAUUACUUAAUUUACAGAUGCGUUUUGCUGUUGUUGCCUAUCGAGAUGUUGGAGAUGAUCCACAAUUUUCUAUUUGUGAUUUCACAGAUAAAAUUGAAGAACUUACUCGAUUUGUUAAUAAUUUAAAAGCAAUUGGUGGUGAUGAUUUACCUGAAGAUGUACUCGGUGCUCUUCGUACAUGUUUAGCAUUACCAAGUUGGAAAGCAAAAACUGCUCGUUUUAUUGUUUUAAUUACAGAUGCACCUGGUCAUGGAGAAUUGAAUGAUCAAUUUAAUGAUAGAUUUCCACAGGGAGUUGGUACACGUACAUUUGAAGAAAUUUGUGAUCGUCUUCUUACAAAAACUGUUGAAACUGAUUU